CGCGUAUUUUUUUUUUUGUAUCGAACGUUCUACGUUGUAAUCGAAUUAUCUUCGCUUGUCUUACCGGAUAUCCUUCGUAUCCACACGGAUAAGACCCGAGUCAAAUUACCCACAGUGCACUUAGUACCCCAAAUUUCCUAAUCACGGGAUCCGCCAUUUUCUUAUCGUCGUCUUCCGUAUUUGGCUUUAUAUUUUCAUUUGCUGACCAGGUGAGUUCCUUAAAAUUACACUAUAUGUAGGUUCGGCUGUAAAAUUUCAGUAUCUUUCUUUGAACGCUGCGGUUUUUACUGCAGUUCACUAUUGAUCAUUCACACUGGGGGUGGGUGACAUUAUUGACUGCAAUAAGCUCAGCUCUUCUGCUGACCGCAUCUACCUGUGGCUAUAGCUUUCACGCGCUUAGCGAUAAAUAAAGUGAUUUAUUAUUCAUCUAUGGCUUUCAAUACCUUUCAUAUCUAGCUACCGUCGGUUUUAUUUUCGUCCCUUAAAUAAACUUGUUAUUGAAGAAAAGCCAAGGGAGGCUGUGAUGAUCACUGUCUUUUUCACUAUUUUUAGAACUUCGUCCGCUGAUUCCUUUCCGUCUUCAUAUAAGCUUAUAUGAAGCAGAUUUCUCCUCGAUCAAAACUUACUGAUGCCAUUUUCGUUUUACUUACAAUCAGCUUUCCUGAUAUGGCGGCGACAGGACCUUACAACUAUUCUUACAUAUUCAAAUACAUCAUAAUAGGUGAGCCAAAUAAUAGUUAUUUAAUUUUACGAAACAUUUUGCUUUGUCACCAAAACAUUCAAUUAGUGAAUUUAAUUCAUUAAGAUCACUCUUUAGAAGGUUGAUUUAACACAGUUGUUUAAGUUCAGACAGAAUCCACCAGGAAAUUGAAUAAUUUUAAGUUUCAGUGGACAAAAACCUUGUACCAGAAUCAGGGGGCAAAGAAAGUCGGUUUUAUGGCUUGCCAUUCAGGCAAGUUGUUGCAGAGUCUUUUAAGUAGCCCCCAAAAAAUUUUUGAUGAGCAGCCUUGAUUACAGUUCUUCUUUAAUUUGAAUUUCUCCAAAAACUUCACUUGCCCUUCAGGCAAGUCAAGAAUAGGAUUGGGUGAUUCCAGAAAAUAUCCAUACCAUACCACGGGCAGCAUCUUGGAAUUCCGAGAGAGAGGGGGGGGUUUCUUGGACUGGAAUUCCGAAGACGUGGGGGGGUAACGCAGUUUGGAAUUCUAAAGGCAUGGGGGGGUGUUUCAGCUCUGAAUUCAGUGAAUUUCCAGAGGAGAGAUGGCGAAAGCUCCGCUUGAAAUCGCUGACCUGUUAACAUUCCCAGUUUGUAAAUGAAGCACGAACCGACCACGGAAGAAGUAUGCGUUCAUGCAGAUGGGUUGUGCAGCAAGCUCCAUAUCAAAGAGGCCUUAAAGUUGAUGAAUUAGUCAACUGAUUAAUAAAAAUAUAACCAAGUCGGUGUUUCUCGCCGAUUGUCGAUCGACGAUGUGUUGUUGCGUGCUGAAAACUCGCACCAGUCUCUCGUUUCCAAAUAGAACGCCUGACAGAUUUUCAAUAUGGCGGGUGACGGAAUAUUGAUCGUAAACUUAACUCUUGUCAGCGUCCACUGGUAUCAAUACGAUCUACUCCUGAAAAUAUGACGGUAUUGAAUGGAAAACAAAAAGUUCUAUUAGGUGGUAAGCAGCUUAAAGAUAAUGCUUAGAAGGAAUAGCUACGGUGUACUAACUUUAACAAACUUGAGUUGCUUGAUCGUCUGACUAAAAAUUGUGAACAGAAUUCUUUUGCAGAGGGAAAAAGGGCAAGUUUCUCGUUCGUCUAAAGAUUUAGACAGACGAACAGGAAUUCCAAAGGGUCUGAAACAAAAGUGGAAAAUUCCAGAGGGGAGGGGGGGUUAGCGAUUUUGGAAUUCGGAGAGCAAGGGUGGGAUGAACAUUUUGGAAUUUCCGAGGGCAAGGGGGGGUUAAAAUACUCAUGCCACCCGUGGUAGGGUAUGGAUAUUUUCUGGAAUCACCCAUUGACUAGCCUGAUUGCCAAUUCUGCUCUCCCUGGGCUAUUGGACACAGCUUUGUUUGCAUGCUGACCAGAAUAAUUUAAAGCAUAUUGCAUUCUUUUUUACAUUUUUCAAAGCCUGGAGAUGUAAUAAAUCAUCUGCAGUAACACCCAAGAAAAUUUCCGAUGAGAAUCCGAGAAAAUGAAUUUCAAAUUUCACAAAAUUACAUCUUACACAAGAAAUUUUCAGAAUUUUACCUGUGUUUUCACAAUUCUUGUGAAAUUCGACUUUGAGAUUCUUGGGUCCCAUGAGAAAUUUUCUUUGGUGUUAUUACAGAUGACAAAUUACAUCUUUAGCCCUUGAAAAAUGUGAAAAAGAAGGCAAUAUUGUUUGAAUUAUUCUGCUACAAGGUUUUUGUCCACUGAAAAUUAAAAUUACUUAAUUUCCUGAUGGAUUCCGUCUAAAUUUUCUUUGUUUAUUACGAGUCGAAACGUGUAAGCAUUCAUAAAAUAAAUGUAUAGGGCUUUACGUAAAUAUUACCCCAGUAUGAAUAGCCUUGAGGUUUCUAUCUUGAGAAGGUCACUGCCAACUUCUCUUCCAAUUACAUGCCCCGUCCUGUUGCUAACCGGUAUAUAUAGAGAGUUUACUGUGACAAGCGAUUAUCUGGGUAGAUGAACUACCUACACUUGUAUUACAUAGGCAAAAUAAAGAAUUCUAUCCACAAAUCCACAAAAUGUCACAGGCUACGUUUUUACCCAAAUAAAUUGAGGUCUAUUCAUUUGCAACGUGCUCAUUUGGCCAUCAUGCUUGCAGGUUUUAGAUUUAAAACAUUUAAAAAACACUCCAUCAGGUGAAUGCAAUGGCUAUAUGAGUAAGCAGUUGAUGCACCUUUACAUGUAGCUAUGUGAUGGGAUUGAAGUCUGACAGGCAGUGAAAACACCUUUAACUACAGUUGUGCCUCUAUUAUGUGGCCAGCCUCUGCCAAUAACCCUGUGGACGUUCAGUGUAAUAAUUCAGUAAAUCACUGUAAAUAAAGGCUGGUCCUUUAACCUACAAGUAAUUUUGCUAAUGUUCAGUUUGCUGGCAUCCUGGUACUUGUUAUGUUUAAUGUCUUUAAAUAUUUUAUUUAUGCUGAAGCACUAUUAAAUCUUAUCUUCUCUCUAACAGGUGACAUGGGUGUAGGUAAAUCUUGUCUUCUUCAUCAAUUUACAGAAAAGAAAUGUAAGCACAACCUAGAUGUCUUAGAUUGCAUUGUAAAUGGAAAUACCAUUAGUACAAGCAGGGUUUGCAAAUUUUAUUGAUGGGUGAAGUCAGUGCGACUUCUGCUUGAAAAAUUUUGGAGACAUUUGGAAUAUUGGGAGUCAAGUAACACUUUCUUUGGCAGUUCUUCACUCAGUCUUUUCUACCAGGAAGCCAUUUCAGUGCAUAGUACAGGCAUGUAUACGCUAUCAUGAUGGAACUGAAAUAGCUACAUUCUCAUGUGAGAGUCUGCUGACCUCUAAAGGCUCAAAUCCAUGAUGAUGAUCAUUACUAACUGUAAUUUAGUGAUAUACACGUGAAUAACUCUUCAAUUUGAGUGGUUAAAAUCAGGUUUACAACAUUUUGCAGUUGAUAUAGAUUGUCUUUGUUUUGAAAAAGGUAAGGAAAAAACUAUUUUUCAACUGAAAAUUUCUGGAGUCAUCUUAAAAAUAUUAGCGUAUUUGUGAACCCUGAGUAGAAGUCAUAAUAAAAAACUUAUCAGUUCACUAAACAGCGUAGGAAAUAUUGGUAGUAACUUAACAUUGGAAGAAUCGUUGUAGCCUCAAAAGAGGGAAAUUUUCCCUACUACGCUUUUCAAAAACAGGCGAAUUUUGAAGUUAAAAAGCCAACUAAAAUUUUUGUUCUUUGCUGCUGUCAAUCGUUAUUACAUACCUCUUAGAAAACAGAAGUUUUCUUCAACGAGUUCAAAGGUUAAGGGUUUUGUAGUCUCGGUGUUUUAAGCUUCAUUGCUUAUGAUCAUAAUUACGAUUGACGGCAGUGAAAUCGCAAUUGUGAAGGUGGCUUUUAAACUUCAGAGUUCGUGUGUUACUGAAAAGUGCAGUAAGAUACAGUAGACUACAUCCUCGGAGACCCAGGGGCAGUCAGUCGGGUCGAUAAAAUGUUCGUGGUGAAAGUUUACUGUAAGAUCGAGACGAGCCCCUGGGCACUUACUCUUACCGAACCAGUUCCAGAAGCGUUUGAAUUGCCUGCUUCUGAUUGGCCAGAAAAAAAAUUUUUCUGGCCAAUCAGCGAAGAGAAGCUGCCGGGUGACUCUCGUGUUUUCUUACACGACGUAGUUUUCCUCAUCGAUCGUUAUAGUUGCGUAGCGCGUUCAACGGGCAAGUUCCUCGAGGAAAGUUUCAGAACAAAAUGUUAACAACCCGCAAAAACUACAACCUUUAGCACGGCUACAAGAAACAAACACUCUCCGAUGAAUUUUUAAGGCAGAUCUUUCCAAGGUAUCGUAAAUUUUUUUAUUGCUGAUACGAUACGCGAUGCAUGACUUUCACUUUCCACACCUUAAUUUGCUCACAUUGUUUAGUAUACAACUCAAGGUUACAUUUUAGACGUCCAUGUUCGUUGCACGACUUCUGAACUUUCUACAGCGUGAAAAUUUCCGUUGCACGGGCCACGCAACUGCGCCGAUUGAUCGUGGGAAUUGCUGGCUUGAUGCAGUGCGCACCUUCUUGCUUUCACAAGCAAACUCCUUUACCGUAAGUACUUUAAAUACAGCCGUUGUGUUUAGUUCGAAAUCUCGGUCCGGUUAUGUGCUGAAUCGUGACUUUUAAGUGAGGUCGAUUUUUGCAGGCUGUGUGGGUUUGUUUUUACGGAUAAGCGAAAGAAAAAAUAAAGUUGAGUUUGCGAAAAAAUGUUUGAAAGUGGUUGGUGUGAAAGUUUUGGAGGGCGAUAAAAGGCGCAGGGUGUGACACGUGUAGGUAUAGAGUUGAGAAAUCGUGGAAGGGUGGGAGGUCUAUAUAGAUAUUUUUGUAGUCACUAAAACUUUACAAGAGGUGAACGCUCUUAAGGAAAUUCCAGGAGAAGAGACCAAGGAAUAGGGACACUUUCCAAAGAUCCAACUUCAGCUCUUGAUUUCAAGGACCUGGGUCAGGGUCUGGCUUACUGGGUUAAUCUUCACUGUGAUUAGAAUUAUGGCUAAUAUAGUACAAAUGAAUUUUCAUUAUAAGAUAUCUUUUAACAAAUACAUGUAUAAAAUUAAUUUCACAUAAUAUGUGAUUUUUUGCCAAACUUUUUAUCUAUGAUUGGCUUGAUGUUUCCCCCUACUGACCCCCUCAAACACAUCCACAGUGCCAUUGUUUUAACUCCCUUGCAAUUGAUGUUACAAGAUUGGACUUAUUUUGAAAGAAUAAUGCUGCAAUAUUAACAAUUUUCCUUUGGUGCAUUUUUUUGAUAUUUUACAACUUCCCUAUUAUAAUUCUCCUCGUCUGACAAUAAUAUUCUUCAUUUAUAAUUAUUUCUAAAUCUUUAAACACCCUCUUCAGAAAGGUAAAAAUCUUCAUUGCAUGGUCACCAUUACACACAGUGUCUCUAAAAUACCUUCCACAGUACAUAAUUUAUGACAAUUAACAAUUAUUGUUUCCUAUAGAAGACAAUCAGAGAAUACAAAUUCUAGAAUACAAGCAGUGAAGAUUUGAUUCUUGAAAUUCUUGUCUCAGAUCAUCUUGAUUUUCUUUAAGCAGACUAACAGUCUUUGGCACUGAUGUCACAACAUAAGUGGCUUGGAAUGAUUCUGCUGUUUUCAUUACUGUCAUCAAAAAAGGAAGGAUUUUUUUCUCUUCUGCAAGUUGUUGUUAAAAUAAAAUAAAAUAUUGAAGCUCCCUAGUAUUUCUAUAAGUCAAGCAGUAGUAUAAGUAGACAUGUGAAUUCCAAUAAUGAUAAAGUAAAAAAAAAACAAUCUCAACAGCUUAAAAAUAAAAUUAAUGUAAUGGCAUCUGUAGUUCUGUAUUACGGGAUGUUUUUCCAUUUGUAAUAUGUAAAUGUUCAAUUGCACUAUUAUCUUAAGCAGUCACAAGGCUUACUUUAUCAGCUUUUAAUUGUCAAUAGAUGGUGACAAAAAACAUGAUAAUUCUUGUGAAGUGUCUGUCAGCUUUUAGACAACAUUACUGAGCAUCCUUGAAUAAAAGCCAGAUCUACUGUUAAGUAUAAUGAGGGUCCUGUAGAGGGGAUAACAAUCCCAUUGAAACUGUUUAACCCUCAAUUCCCAUUUUUUACAUUUUUUUCCAUUCUCAGUGAUAGAAUCCCCCUGCCAGUGACUUAAAUCCCAUUUUACCCCUUCAGAACUCCCCACAAUGAAUCCAGUGUAGUACCCUUUCUAGUAAACAAAUCAGCAUACUUACCAAUGAACAGCUGUAUGUACCUGCAACAGGAUUCUUCUGGUAAAACUCCGUAGAGAACAUUGCCCUGAAUUUCUUGUCCCCCAGUUAAUGAUUUCGGGCUUCCAUACAACAAAGAAAACGCUCCCUAUCCAUUCAAUAUUUCUCGAUCUUUCGUUUUGCUUUCCCCUAAGUAAGCGCCCUGAAUUCCUAGUGACCUCGAGUACUUUACCUGGUCCUCAACAACUGACAUGAGAGAUGAAAUCACUAUGACCAAAGGAAUACAAGGGAAUUCAUAACCUUUAGCAUCUAACGAUUUUUAAACCCCCUAGCUUACAGGCAACAUUUGGAAGGUUAGACUCUUCUAUCAAUUGCCCAAGAACAUCUCUUCUUUUCACAAUCUUCUCAAUAACAAAUCUUUGCAAGCCUUCUUCAAGCGCUUGCUGGACGUUCCCUCGAAUCUAAAGUUAACACUACUAUCAACUUCGCAGAAUUCGUACGGUCAACUGCUGUAAGCUUUUAAGCUUAAAAUUUGGAGCAAAAGCAAGAAGAAGGCACUACAGCUAUGCGCUAGCCGGCAUUUCCCACGAUCAAUCGACGUAGUUUCGUGGCCCGUGCAACGGAAAUUUUCACGCUGUAGAAAGUUUCAGAAGUCGUGCAACGAACAUGGACAUCUAAAUGUAAACUUGGAGUUGUAUACUAAACAAUGUGAGCAAAUUAAGGUGUGGAAAGUGAAAGUCAUGCAUCGCGUAUCGUAUCAGCAAUAAAAAUUUACGAUACCUUGGAAAGAUCCGCCUUAAAAAUUCAUCAGAGUGUUUGUUUCUUGUAGCCGUGCUAAAGGUUGUAGUUUUAGCGGGUUGUUAACAUUUUGUUCUGAAACUUUCCUCGGGAAACUUUCCCGUUGAACGCGCUACGCAACUAUAGCGAUCGAUGAGGAAAACUACGUCGUGUAAGAAAACACGAGAGUCACCCGGCAGCUUCUCUUCGCUGAUUGGCCAGAAAAAUUUUUUUCUGGCCAAUCAGAAGCAGGCAAUUCAAACGCUUCUGGAACUGGUUCGGUAAGAGUAAGUGCCCAGGGGCUCGUCUCGAUCUUACAGUAAACUUUCACCACGAACAUUUUAUCGACCCGACUGACUGCCCCUGGGUCUCCGAGGAUGAGUAGACUAAAGCUGAAAGAUUUUACUAUGAAUGUCCAUCCUUAAGGCCUUGUUUCAUUCUGAGAUUAUCAUACCAUGUCAGGCCAAUAAAGACAUUGGCAAAAAUAAGGAAUUGAGAUCUGCAAGACUCAGUCAGGUGAAUGGUACUGUAUGCUGUUGGUGUUAACCAUUUAACACACUUAAACAUGCACUUCUGUCAUUGACAUCACCUUGUCUAUUGCAGUUAUGGCAGACUGUCCUCAUACUAUUGGUGUGGAGUUUGGCACAAGAAUAAUUGAAGUUUCAGGUCAAAAGAUCAAGCUUCAAAUAUGGGAUACAGCAGGACAAGAGAGAUUCAGGUAUGAUUGUCCCUUGCUGUAUUGAACCUAUAGCUCAGUAGUUAGAGCUAGUUUAUUUAUUUAGACUGACCAUUGGCAGUGAGCUCAAUGUCCCAAGAACUAACUCAGCAACUUCAACAAUAAGUACUUUUACAUGGGACACUUUUACGUCGGUAAAUGACCAUAGGCCUUUUACCAUGGGAGAUUUUGGUGUAGUGCAUGUGACCAUACUUUCCCUAAUAUCUGAUGUAUCCAGUGUAGUUAAUUGGAAAGCUUAUUUGAAAUGGGGACUUAAGUGCUGACAAGCAUUCACAGACCAGAGUACCCAUCCAUGAAACUGGACAAGAUUAAUAAUUAUUAUUGCUGUCAUCACCAUUGAAGUUGUAGAGUAACCAUCUUAUUAUUAAAUGUCCAAGAUGUUCCCAUUGUGGUAGAUGUUGGCUACCUUGCUGAGACCAUUGGGAGUUUCCAUUUGCAUGAGGUAUGGAAACUGUAGGAUACAGGAUGCACAGUGUAUAAUCUAGUUUGUCUGGUGUUAGUGUGAGAUCUGACUUGGAUACACAUUGUAUAUUUUCAAAUAACAUGUGUUACUUAAUGCUUCCAUCAGUAAGUUGCUCAUUUCAUUUUCUUGUUCAACUCUGCAGAGCUGUAACACGAAGUUACUACAGAGGGGCUGCUGGUGCCCUUAUGGUAUAUGAUAUCACAAGGUGAUUCAACAAUGAUCUCUUGCUAAUAUAUAGAGGAACCUUGAUAUAACAAAGGGUUAAGGGACUGACAAGAAAAAAUGUUCGCUAUAAGGAGAUUUUGUUAUAUCAAGGUUCUUUACCAUAUGUUUUACUCUUACUGAGACUAGAAUUAUUGUUUGUUAUACCAAGGACUUUGCCAUAUAGAGGUUUGUUAAACUGAGUUUCCACUGUACAACUAUCCCCAAAAUAAGAGGUGAAUAGUAUACAACUAUCCCCAGAAAAGCGUUGAGGUAUAUAUCUAGUGCUGUUCACCGACCCUGAGGGGGAUAGUUGUUUUACUAUUCACCAAGUCAGUUGGAUAAAACUGAAAAAAAGUAACUUUUUGUAGAUUAAAAACGUCACUUAGUAGGCAUUUUGUUUACAAUAAUAUUGACAACAUUUCGGUGAUUUUGCUAGGUGCAUUUUACGAUUUUGUUGCAAAUUUAGCAUGAAAAUAAUUUUCUACCAACCAGUGAACACUUACUAGCCAAAGUUUGUCGCUUUCUUGCUAAUUGUUUGUACGACUGCUUCAUUUUUCGCACAAAUUUCAUCUUCCAAAAAAUAAUGUCUCGAAACAAGAUGCCAUCUUGGCUCCGGUCGCAAAAUAGUACUGUUAAUAGCCAGGGAUAUUCCGAGUUACAGGAGCCAAUCAAAAAUUGCUAUUCACUGAUUUGGUAAAUACUAAUGGUAGAUAUACAUGCAGGGUUGUCAGAAAGUAUUCAAGUAGACGCCUUAGUUGUCAAAGUAAGGGGCCAGCGCUGGAGGUGCUGCCAAGCGCCGAAGGGGCAAGCCUCUAGGGGGGUCUAGGGGCAGGCUCCCCCAGAAAUGUUUAUAUUUAGAUACUCUGAAAUGCUGUUUUCUGCACUCUCCAGGCUAUUUUCUCCCCAAAAUUACUGAAUAUCCAGAGAAUAAAUUAUGGUCUUUUUCUUCCGAUCUUGUUGGUGAACAGUGAUAUUUCAUUUAAAUAACGCCAUCCCUAAAGAAAUGCCAAGCAGAGUAGCUGGCCGAUACUAACCAAGUAGGCAGCGAUUUUCGCCGGCAGCCGGCUACUUUUGACGACCCUGUACAUGUACUGGUACACUGAGAUGGGAAGUGUCGAGAUAUUUAUCUUAUUAUAUCACUAUGUAUCAACCCUUAAGGGGAUGGUUUUGGUAUUUACCAAAUGAAAAAGUAACCUUUUUUAAGAGGUGCCAUUCAGUAGGGGCUUUGUUUAGGUUUUAAUUGUGUCAAUAGCAAUAGGCUUGUUUCUGAUUGUUUCUUAAUAACCCAUUUUAUAGGUUAAUUUUGCUAUUAUAACUCCAAAACUGUCGGAUUUGACCUGUCCGAUUACCAGGAGCUUGUAAUCGGACAGGUCAAAUCGAACAGUUAAAGAACCAAUGAAAAUCAAGUAAGAAAUGCCACUAGCCAAUGAAAUUUAACUACAUAGCGCAUGAUAACCAAUCAAAAGUAAUCUGUCAAUGAAAAAAUAAGCUAUGCGCUCAGCUGAUUUGAAAUUACUCACCUGAUUACUCCCUGAAAUGUACUCCAUUCAGUCCUAUCACUAUAGCAGGGUUGUCAAAAGUAGCCGGCUGCCGGUAAAAUUGGCCACCUACUUGGUAUUGGCCGCUACACUGCUUGGCAUUUCUUUAACAGAUGGCAAUUUUUAAAUAAAAUAUCCCUGGACUGGCCGCUUUCUUUGACGACUCAGCCGUCUAUCUCAAACCUUUCUGACAACCCUGCUAUAGCCUGUGGAAGGUAGAAAAUUAUUUUCUCAAUUAAUUUGCCACAAAGUCACUAAAAUGCACUGGACAGAUCCCUGAAGCACUGUCAAUUAAGGCUAUAAAUGUAUUAAUAUUAUAAGCAGAAUGUUUAAGCCCCACCUGUGAAUACAGAUACAGUAAAAAGGACCAAUUGUGAAGUUUGUGAGACAAAGUACUUUGAUGAUGUAUUUGCCUAUUUUUGUAAGCACUGUAUAUGUUUUUGCCCUGAUUUAUCAGCAUUACUUUAUGAUUAAGAAAAUAAAGGAAUUCCUUCCCCAGAGUGCAGGAAAAUGCAUUUCCAAGGGUCUAGUUUUAAACAUUUUCUUGGGGGACAUGCUUCUAGACCUCCCCAGACACUCAGGCCCUUGCGGCCUUCGUUGCAUGGCCAUAGGCCGUGUUUUGGAACUGAAAUCUUUCAUGUUACCUCUGCUUCAAAACUUAAUGACAGCCCUGCUAACAUCUAGCCUCUAUCAGAGUAAAGGUGGAUUUCUACUGUCAGAUAUUUUUUAUGCGCAUAAAUAAAAUAGAGGUGAUGUAAGAAAGGCCUUGUGUAAAUACCUAAAAGUUGAGCAAGGUUCAACUUUUACAUUUUAUGCACAACCUUCCAUACAUUGCCUCUAUUUUAUUUAGAUGCGUAAACUUUAUGUGGGUACACACAUAAACAUUAUGCGACAAUGGAAAUCUACCUGAAAGCCAAGUCACUGACAUCAUCAUCUGUGGCAAGUAGAAAGCUUUUUUGGUCACAGAUAUCACAGGGUAGUUGGCCUGUUUCAUUUAAAUGUAUUGACGAACCACCUAUAUUUGUUGUUCUUUAGGAGAAGCACUUACAAUCAUUUAAGUAGCUGGCUUACCGAUGCAAGGAAUCUAACAAACCCCAACACGGUAAUGUCAUCAAAGUGUCAUACUAGUUGCUUCUUUCAAUUGAUGCAUUUUGAAGGUGCUUGUCAAGAACAAGAUUGUAAGGCUCUGUAAGCAAAACAGGUUUUUUUUCUCUUAAGAAGCAUAAGGUUUAUACAAGAUUAAACAGGAUUUUUUGGACAAUGGUUACUUCACAGUGGCUCAAUGUUAAUUUUGUCUUUUGCAUUUAAAUGCAGGUAAUAUUUCUUAUUGGGAACAAGUCAGAUCUGGAUGCUCAGGUGAGUGUUAACAAAGCAAACAAUUACAUGUAACAUCAUUCGAUGCUGUUUAUGAAAAUGUGAGUGAGUCAAAGCUACAUUCUGAACACCUGAGUUAACUACAAACAACUAUUUUCUGUCCAAAUAGAGAGAUGUAACCUAUGAGGAAGCCAAACAGUUUGCAGAAGAGAAUGGCAAGUACCUGCAACCUUUUUUAUUUUCUCUGCCAAAAGUAGUUGCUGAUAUAGUCAGUUUGUCGUGGGAAAACGAAAAAAGGAGGAAAAUUGGAAAUGUUGUCUGAUAAUCAUUUAAAAAAAUAAUAUUGUCAUUCCUUGUAUGUUAUGUUGUAUUUUUUAUUUUCUCGAGCAUUUUAUCAAAUUUUAAAUCAAUGUUUUACUGUUUCUCUUAAAAUCUUAUAAAAAUCUUAUAAAAACUACACACAAAACUUCUGUAAAAUAUUCAUAAAAAUAAAACGGCCACAUCAAUAUUAUAUAAAUACAAAUUUCCGGCAAAACCUCUUCACAAUUCUGAAUUCUAAGAUACUAAUUAAAAACUAAAUAUAUGUCCACGAUAGAAACCUACUUACAAUUGUGAAUACUUUAAGAGUGGGAAAAGGAAAAUCAAGCAUUACUAAGAAAAAAACUAUCAAAAAUCUAGGCCUAAAGUUAUGAAUACAGAUGUAGACCAGCUACACAGCAAAAGUGAAGUCUUCUGAGACCUUACAUGAUUUGAAUGGAUAUCUAGAACCUCUGAAUGACUGUUUCUCUUUGCAUGUGACUGCCAUAAGUGAGUACAAUGUACAUGUAUGUAUCUACACAUUAAUGUACUUUACAUAUGGAUAUAAUAAUGAUGUCAAUAAUUAUUUCUUUCUUUUAGGACUUCUUUACUGUGAAGCAAGUGCAAAAACGUGAGUCCUCUCAAAACAUAAAUGUGCUGUAACAAUGGAAAUUAUUGUUCUGAAUCAGUCAUUGGAGUUUCUGAUGGCAUGUGGUUACUUAACAAUUAUUACAUGAGUGGGCGUUGGAUAUGAGAUGGUAGAUAGCCAACAAGGUGCGUAGCGCCAAAUUGGCUAUAAUCAUCUCAUAUCCAACAACUGUGAGUGGAAAACGCCCACAAAAUAUCGAGAAUUCUUCUCGACUUUAUUUGUAAAAGCAACCGAUUUUCAGCUUGUUUUUAAUUUUGAGCAGACGCAUACUAUUUGGAGAGCAUGGUAUAAUGGCUCAUAUACCAUGAUACAAUGUAGCUAAGCCAAUCGGAGCUCUAGAAUUGCAUUAUCCAAUGAUUCAGUUUUUAAUAAAAAUAAUUAUUUCAUUGACCUUGUUCAUUUGCAGUGGUGAAAAUGUCGAGGAUGCUUUCCUUGAAACUGCAAAGAAGAUUUACCAAAAUAUUCAAGAUGGAAGGUACAGACUAACAGCUGAAGUUUAACCCAGUAUUUUAACAAAAGUCCUUUUGUGAAUUUUUAUGAGUAUUGAAUAAUGGAUAAGUGUUAAGUUAAGAUGGCUUUAUUUCAGCCAAGUCAAGGCUGUGCUCUAAGGAAAAUUCAAGGGAGCCCAUUGCUCUGAAACUGUCAAAUCUUGGGUGCCCAGCAUAUGAUUUGUAUGAAAAAAGUAAGAUUUUCUAUUCGCUCAAGGGUAAAAGUUCGGUGCCAGGGUCCACCAGGCUCUGCCAAAGCACAGCCCUGCAAGUUCUUUCUUGUAUAUUAAUUGACCAAGACGAAGUCAAGGUCAAUAAAUACUCGAAAAUGACAGAGGUCGACAUUUAGCUGUCUUCAUAAUGUGUCUGAAAAGAUAACUUUUUCUUGAUGGGCCCGUCUUGGCCGCUCAGGUAGCCAGGAUUCAGUUCGUCUUGCCUCCUCAUGGGUUCAGCUAUCUAAUAAUUAGAGGCCUUUAGAUUCCGAGACGAGAACGACUACGAGUUCGAGAUUUUCUCAAUACUGAGUAUUGCUCACGCGUGAACCAGCGUCAUUUUGGCGGGAAAACGUGAUAGCCGUCGUCAUUUUACCACGAGUUUUAGCAAGAAUGUCGUAGUGGCGGGAACAAGUUAUCAAAUGUUAGAAGUUUUAGCAUUUUUCAAUCGGGAGAGGUCUUAACCUCCUUCAAAAACGAUAACAGUGCUAAAUUUUCUGGAGAAAAAAAGUACAAUGAAGAAUUCCUGGGUGUCUAUUUUUUGACAAUACGUGAAAAGAACUUUAAAUCAAAUCCCGUAGCCGUUCUCGUCCUCUAAUCUAAAGGUGUCUAACAGACCCUAUUCACGAUACCCGCCAUCAUUGCACGCGCUUGAGGACUGAUGGGGUAAAAGCAAUGUCACAUGGUUUCUCAGGGAGCAAACAAGUGGUAAAGGCCGCCAAUGCAAGAAAUCGCGGACGCGUUUGUUUAUUCUAGACAACAGAAAAUGAACAACUUUUUAUCUUAAAAACGAUAAUGGCAAAUCAUAGGUGUAAGUGAUCAUUGUUACUGUUUUGGAUGCAGUAGUAACCUGAGACUAGGCCCAAUUUUAGCGGUUCUCAUGCAUUCUCUCUAACGGCUACCGCUAAAAUUGGGGCUCUGUUUUCGUUUCGCCUUGCCCGCCGGAAUGUUAUUACAAAGCGAAACGAAAAUUGAGCCUUAUCUCAGGUUAAUGCAGUAGCGACCGUACAUUUCCUCACAGCAAGCAAUAUUGACGCGAAACUUGAGUAAAUUCGACCUUUAGCUGUACACUUUGCUUUACUAUCAAAUCGUCGUCUCGUUUUGAGCGAAUAAACAAACCCGACAGUGACUACUUGUAUUGGCAAAUUUUAUCACUUGUUUGCCCCCUGAAAUACCACGUGACAUUGCUUUUACCCAUCAAUCCUAACGCGCGUGCAAAGAUGGCGAGUAUCGCGAAUAAGGUCUAUUAGAAAGCUUUAGAUUCUGAGACGAGCACAACUACGAGUACGGGAUUUCCUCAAUACUCACGCGUGAACCAGCGUCAUUUUGGCGGGAAAACGUGGUAGCCGUCGUCAUUCUACCACGAGUUUUAGCGAGAAUGUCGUAGUGGCGGGAACAAGUUAUCAAAUUUAAUGUAAUUUUGUUAUCAGGAGAGGGCUUAACCCCCUUCAGUAUAAAUAACCGUACUAACUUUUUGUUGAAAAAAGUAAACUGAUACUUUCCAAGGUGUUUUUUUUAGAACUCGCACAAAAAGUUAAUUCUCGUACUCGUUCCUGUCCUCAAAUCUAACCUGAAAGGGUUAAACAGCAUCGUGAAUAUGUUUUUUUAUAUUGCUUUCUUUAGCUUGGAUCUCAAUGCUGCUGAGACUGGAGUUCAACACAAGCCACUUACGGGCCGGCCAUCAAACGCACUGCAUACAGACCAGCAGGCAAAUCAGGAAAGGUGUUCCUGCUAACCAUCCGUAAUUGAGAGUUAUAGUUUAACCAGAAAUCAUCAAGAAAUCAAAUCUGCCACGGUGGAAAGCAGAAGAAAGAGUGACGUAUUCUGAGGAAUUGGCACAAAUGCAUUGGCAUAGGAUGACAUGUAGAUAUCGUAAUGUGAUAUAAAUGGAUUAUGGUCAAUUUGCCUAUGUAGCAACUUGCGUACUUCUUUGUUUAACUUACACUGUUUCUUGUGUGAUCCACACAGAAAUUUUCUAGACCGAUCUCCAUGCUUUGUCUCAGAGAAUUAGUUAAGAGAAUUUGAUCAAAGAUCUAAGCAUUUUCCCUUUAGUGAUUAAGUUAUUAAUUCUAAUAACCUUUUAUUAUUUUAGCCUGAAUUUCAGACAUAACUUCAAGUCGCUUUCUCCCCUCGAGUUAAUGUCUGAAAUUCAGGCUAUAAUUAUCUUGUCAGGAGAAAAUUGAUGUUGGUCACUAUUAGGACUUCAAGAGUCAAGGACUAGAAAUACAUAACCAUUUAUUUCUUCUAGGGAUAUGUCAAAUGAUAUUCACUACGUUAAUAGGCAAGUUAAACAAAGUGGUAUGCAAGUUUAAAAUAUGCGAGCUUUUCUUACACGUUGGCAAAUUGACCGGUGUCCAAUAUAAAUUCUUACAUUGUAUUACAGUAGUAAACGGGGACACAUGGUGUUUAUAGCUCUCUUGUUCAUACUGACUGGGUAAUUGCUGUGUGUCUCCUCAGCUUAGAGCGUACUUGGUGAUAACGAAAGAGAACCUCCAUAAGAUUUGCGAAUAUAAUAUGGUUAUAAAGGCCCCAUUUAUUUGGCGAAAACGUGUCGCGGUUAAAAGCGUCACCCGCCUACCUGAGCUACCCGGGCCAAGCCAACGUUUCUUACAUUGGCUCAGCUAGAAGGCGGGUCACCCUUUUUCGAUGGUAGGGUCACCGUCCUAGCUGGACCAGCUUUUCUCCUUAUAGACACUUUUGUCUCGCCCAGCCAGGUCUAGGCAAGACAAUCAGAGCAUGGGCGAGCGCUACUGUCUGCUCUUCGCUCGGGCAAAGGGGUAAAUUUUUUCUCAUAUAAACACUCGCUUACAUGUACAUGUAAGUUGACUCGGCUGGGAGGGUGACCCUCUUUCCCGUGACAACUUUUCUCUACAUUAACGGGUCCUAACCCCCCACCCCCUCCCCACCUUUGUGUCACAUGGGGGGAGGGGCAGCUAAAUACUGAAGGAUUCAGUAGAGCGCUAAAAUUUCAUUAUACAUUUUUCUCUUUUGGGAUAAAAGGUUUAAACAGAAUUGUACUUGUCGGCUCUUCGCUUGGGCAAAGGGGCAAAUUUUUUCUCAUAUAAACACUCGCUUACAUGUGAGUUGACUCGGCUGGGAGGGUGACCCUCUUUCCCGUGACACUUUCCUCCACAGUAACGGGUCCUAACCCCCUCCCCACCUUGGUGUCACGUGGAGGGAGGGGCAGCUAAAUACUGAAGGAUUCAGUAGAGCGCGAAAAUUUCGUUAUACAUUUUUCUCUUCUAGGAUAAAAGGUUUAAACAGAAUUGUACUAUAAAGUUCAUUUCUCUAAUUUUUGGUGUGGUAUCUCGUAUUUCCCUUCUUUAGACUGUUAUGUUGGGAUCUAUUUAGCUUGCUAGAAAAGUGCCAACCUAUCCCUUCCCUAAGCCAACAUUAACACUUACUUCUCACUUAAGGCAAAAUAUUGGCUUAAAUAACUCAGGGUUUCGAUUAAAGCAGUGGCGUGGUGUUUUACGAUUUCUAAUUAGGGCCAGUGUUUCGAAGCUAAGGUGCAACAUAUUUAAGUAUUGUUUCAAAACAAUAGACUCAAUCAAAAGGGGGGGGGGGCAUUUAGCAGCUGCUUGGAAGAGAAGUCACCAAUGGUGCCUAACCUUGACCCUAAACAAUACUGAAACAAUUGAAAGAAUGACAUGUCAUUGUUUUCUGCGACCAAUCAGGAAAGACCUUACGAGCAGCUCCUACACAACUGAUCAAAAGCUUAGUAAUUACUUACUAUACGUGCAAGGGCUCCCAUUGAUCACGGAACUAUGAAACAGAUUUAGAAUAUCGCGUCUACGGCAAACGGCGAUAGUGAGAUUCAAGGAGACAAUUUUUCAAAUUAGAAAAAGGCCUAUAAAACUGUGCAAAAUAAUUCUAACGGAUCAAAUGGACCUGAAACUACUUACUUUUUUAGUCAUAAUGAACUGUAAAUGACAAAAAACAACUGACGUUUCCAGUUAACCUAACGCUACAUCGGAGCUCCUCCUUCAAACUCGUUUCCGGAACGGGGACAGGGGAGACCUCCUGGAAACGAGGCCGUGACUCCGUGAAUCUAGCCUCCAAGGGAGACGUAAUUAGGGUUUCGUCACGCAUUCCUACCCCACGUUGGUAGGAGAGGAUUGCGUGACGAGCCAACAAAACAGGACGUCUGUGUGGUAGGCUACCGUGAAUCCAGCCGCUGUGGACUUAUCUGUAUGCCCAUAGUGUCGAAGAUACGAUCGAGAAGUGGUUGAAUAGCUAGAUUAGCUUGUGGCAAUAGAUUCUUUUAAUUCCAAUGUAAUAUUUCUAAGUGCUAUGUACAACCGAAUCCGAAUUUCAUGUUACUUUAAUUACAAUAUCGUUCCAUGUAACAUAAUGUUGUUAAAGAUCUCUUACAAAUUUAAAGCUUACCGGUUUAGUUUUUACAAUGUAAAUGAAUAAAAUGAGAACUAAAUUUGUUGUGGAAAUUCUCUCUACAAGGCUUUUUUUGUGUUGGCCCUUAACUUAAAGAUAAGCCACAAACCCUAUGAUUGAAAUUGUCGUUCCUUAUUUUCCGUCUUACUGCGGAAUUUUAUGAUUCUAAAAGGUGAUAUUGCGCGAGACAAUUUGCAACGACGAUUUUUAGCGAAACACAGCGUUGCAACAUUGUUGCGACAUUGGUUCGAAUAGUUACAACAGUGUUCCAAUAUUGCAACGCCGUGUUGCACUUAA